AUGCAAAUGCAGCUGGGUGGUUUGCUAGACAUGUUUGGUGAUCAUCACGCAGGCCAUCACGGUUUGGCACAGGGAAGCUUUGAGGUGCAUGACGAUCACCAGUCGCGUGUUCUCAUCACUGCCACUUUGCCUGGCUACGAGCUUGGCGCCAAGAGCAGUGAGAAGCCUCUCUCAGUCCGAGCAGUUGGAAGGUCGCUUGUGAUAAGUGGCACACAUCGACAAGGUCCGUUGAUCAGCCAGUGGCAGCGGGUCUUCUCCGUGCCGAAGGGGUGCGACAUGAAAAACGUGUCGGUCACGUACAACUCGGGGAGUGGCAACCUGACAGUUGUAGUCCCUCGGAGCAACGUGACUGCGCUUGCCGAUGAGGAGGAGUCCGAUGACGAUGAUGACAUGAUGAACCUGCCGCCGGCUUUGCGGGCGCUCAGGAGUGGCCUGCCAGGCCUCAUGGAUCAAAUGGCCGGAGUGCAGGUUUUUGCUGAUCGCUUGCAUUUUGUGCUAUGUUGCGCUAUGUUGCGCUGUGUUUCGUUGCCAUUUCAGUCCAAGAGGGCUCAGUCCCCACUUGUGGGGUCACUUCAUGGCGAUGUGGCGUCAGCCAUCGGCAAGCAGGUUGAGCAGAUGAUCCUUCAGGCAAAGAAGGAUUCAGAGCAACGCGUGAGGCAUGAGCUCAACGUCGCACGAACGCAGCUGCAGCAGAUGGAGGCACACAUCACUGAGCUGUCCCAGCGCCUGGAACGCUGUGUGCGACUGAACACUUCAGGUUCACCUGACCCCUCUGUGACGGUUGACCGAGCUUUUCUGAGUCAAAAGAUCAAGCAGCUGGAACAGAAGUGGGGGUCAGAGGUGAAAGCUUUGAAGCAGGAUUUGCAUCGAACGAUCUUGGCUCAUAACCACAAUUCGGACCUGAUGCGACACCAUCGAGAUGCUCUUGACGAGGCGAGACGAAAAUUGGAUGCGCAACCAGCGCCUAAAGCAGAGCAGGUGGACGCACAGAUUGAGAAGGUGGACCGUAUGUUGCGGGCCGGGGCAGCGAAGCAGCGUGCCUUGGAUGCCCUCACUGAACGGCUCACGCAGCUAGAGACACAGGCCGCUUCCCUGUUCCCAACAUCAGUGGCAAGCGUGCCACCAGGCUUGGCAGCAGCACCUGCUGUGCCGAAGAAAGGAACCAAGAAGGAAGGAGAACUGCCGAGUCAGGAAGAGGUUCGUGCCAUGUUCGAAAAGGCUGCUCGUGGUGAAGGCGCUAGUAGCUUCAAUGCGGAGGCGCCAGUUUUCAUUCCGCGCUCGGCGGCUGCUGAUCUGGAUGCGGGUUCACCUGGAAAGGAUGCGGCUGAUACGGCACCAGAUGAAUCCGCAGAGGCACCUGAAGCAGAUGAAUCGGCAGAGGUUGCAGAAGCAGAGGAACCGGCAGAGGUGCCGGAAGGAGAAGAAGCGGCAGAGGAACCGGCAAAGGUGGCAACGGCAGAAUAA